CAAGUCCAAAAUAAUGCCGUCUUUAAUAAAUCGCGAAGCAUAAAAAUCGUGACUUAUCAGACCUCGGCGUUGAAUGGCCUUUGUUUCUAGCCUUCGCAUAAGAUCAAAAUAAGGCAAAAAAUUCAUAUAGUUUACCUUCAAAAUCAAGAGAAAAUUCUACGUGAUGUUUUUUCCUUCAUAGAAACAAAGUUAGUUCAAGUAGAGGGAAAGAAAAUAAGCCGGAAAAGGUCUGCACAAAAUGAACGAAAAUGAUAAAUAGAAACGCUGUUUGAUCUGGUACUGUCCAAAACGAACCAUUUCCAAGCAAUCACUGGCGAGCGGGUUUUUUAGUGCAUAGGAUCGUAGGAAAAACGAAACUCUGGAUUGUAUGGUAGAAUUAAACAUCUCAAAGACUUCAAAAUGAACGCCUCGCCAUCCUUCAACGUCACCAACAGUACUUCUUCCUUAUUGACUGAUAAAAACCACAUCGGCUCAGACGAUGCAACAUGGAUCCUGACCAGCGCAUUCAUCAUCUUCACCAUGCAAUCUGGAUUUGGACUGCUGGAGUCCGGAAUGGUAUCCCGUAAAAACGAAGCGAACAUCAUGGUCAAGAACGCCGUGGAUGUCAUUUAUGGCGGGUUGUCGUACUGGUUGUUUGGCUUCGCGCUCAGCUUUGGUAUAAAAGGUCGCAAUAACGGAUUCUGUGGGCUGGGGUACUUCCUCACAGAUGCCGAUGAAACACAAAUGGGCGGAGUAUUUGCCAAGUACUUUUUCCAGCUCUCAUUCUCGACCACGGCGACUACCAUCGUAUCAGGCGCAAUGGCAGAACGCGCCAACCUGAAGGCCUACACCCUUUUCUCGUUUGUCAAUACCAUCACAUACUGCUUCCCUGCCCACUGGAUCUGGGACGACGAGGGCUGGCUUCACAAACUAGGGGCUGUGGACAUCGCAGGAGGUGGAGCGGUACAUCUGGUGGGAGGAACCAGUGGGUUGGUGGCUACCUUAAUGCUGAAGCCACGGAAUAGAAGAUUUGAUCCCCGAACACCAGAAAAACAAAUGGCCUCCCCAACUAAUGUGCUGCUGGGUACCUUCAUGCUGUGGUGGGGGUGGUUGGGGUUCAACUGUGGAAGCACUUUUGGGAUCAGCGGUGCAAAGUGGAAGCUGGCUUCAAGGUCAGCGGUGGUGACGAUCAACGGCUCGAUAGGCGGAGGGAUCAUGGGAAUGUUCUACAGUUACACGUUCCACAAAGGGAAACUCGAUAUUCCUGUGUUCGUUACUGGGAUACUUGGAGGUCUCGUCAGUAUAACAGCCGUCUGUUCCAUAGUUCGUCCAUGGGAAGCAUUAGUCAUUAGCAGUAUUGGUGCCUUGAUUGCCUGUUCUGGUUGUCGACUCCUCGAGAAAUUGAAGGUCGAUGAUCCAGUCGGCUGUGUUCCUACCCACGCAUUCGCUGGAGUCUGGGGCUUAUUAGCCGUCGGGCUAUUUGCCGAGGGAGGAGGUGUUCUCGAAGAACGUUUUACCCACAACGCUGGUAUUUUCAAAGGAGGUCCAUGGUCGUUCCUCGGAGCUCAACUCCUAACAAUUAUCUCUGUAUCGGCCUGGAGCUCCGUAACCACAUUUUUAGAACUGACAGUGAUUAACAAGAUCAUUCCUCUGCGAGUAAGCCUAGUGGAAGAAAUCAUAGGAGCAGACCAGACGGAGCACGGAAUAUUUAAUGAUUUAUCAGCGUUGUACGAUUUUCCAGAGCAGCCAUCAAAUCAGAAKGAGACCGUGGAUGCAAAAGAAGACGACAAAACCAAAUCUUUGUCGGAAACUGAUUCCAAAGUCGAUAACGCCAAAACUGCGACCCGCAAAACCGCGUAUUUUUCACGACUGAAGUUGAGAAGCCAAACUGUCGAGUGCUGGAGACGAAAAAGCUCCGAUUUAGGGCAUGGAAUCACGAUGAUAAACAGCCAAUCGACAGGAUCUUUUACGAUAGUAAAGGAGUGCUUUGAUAACGCUGCCUUUCAGAAUGAAGAAAGCACCAAAGAAAGAGGAACUAAGUUGGUGGAGGUUAAGGAUCAAAAUCCUACUGAAGAAAAGAAUUCGAAAAAAUGACGAAAACUUAAUGACAAAAUUAUCUUGUUUGUCUCUUAUUCUUAAAAAUCAACGUACAUUUAAAUUAUUUGAUAAGAUAAAUUCAAAAUUUGGAACCCGUUUUCCAAACUUUGAAUUCGAGUAAAAUAAUGAGAAAAGCUUUCUUCAAACA